GGCCAUGGCUACCAUGUGGUACAACAGCUGCCGGCUUCUCAAAGGCUCCCAGUCGAGAUUUUGCAUGAUAUCUACUUGCUAUUGGAUCCAUACGACUUCAAUUCCUCACGGCAUACCUGCCGUUUCUGGCUCUUAGCCGGCAUGAAUGAGACUAUCCUUAGUUGCAUGUUAACGAGAGGCGGAUGGACCUCGAGUAUCAAUACCAUCCUCGGCUAUCAAAGUUUCAGCAACACGGACAAGUCGAUGUCAAGUCGAGCGUCUGUCAUGUCCAAGUGGCUCGCGAGAGAGUGCAAUCUCGGCCCGCGUCACCACGGACGUGAGCCAGCCUUUGUCGAAAUCGGUCAGACGCAGUUCAUCGGCAAUUCUCCGAUAUAUACCAGCGACGAACAAAAGAUCAUCUACACCGCAAGUAUGUGCGGUCGAUACUUGAUGGUCACCCACGGAUGCACCGUACUGAAGGAGCAUUUGAAUCAUCGCAAGGGCCAACUUCGACUUAUCACUACUAUUACCUGCGGAUAUCCUGUGCUUGCAUGCGCCAUGGACACGACGUGGGCACGCACCCACGUUGCUGUGCUCGUUCAAGGCCGCCUUGGCCUAAUCUUCGAAAUCCAAGGGUUAUCCGUCUUGCCCGUCAAAUACUCAACACAAAACAAACAGUGCAACUGUGGUACAUGGGAAAUAUCGCACCCCCUGCCUUUGCAGGCAAAACUACAAUCCACCCACUACAACGUGGGCACGGCCGACUGUCCUCCUCGCUCCGUCGCCAUUUGCCCUCAUCGUUGUUACGUCGCCUUUGGCAGCUCUUCGGCCAUCGAGAUACAUAACAACGAUAGAAAUGGAGAGCAAAAUGUUCGCCGCUUUGCUUUGUCCACACCCAGCGACUACAUCUAUUUCCUUCCUCCGGGCGACGCAAACGAUCCAAGACGUAAACUACGCCUGAUCAGCGCCGCGUCAAUCUCAGACUGCCACGCCGGCUCGCUGCAAGACGUAUUGAGUGGUCUAGGCCUCAAUGAAAACGACUUUACCCCCCAGGUCCCGGUUAUUAUCUCGCGACUCGAGACGUCUGACUUAGAGGAAGACGCUUCGAACGUCUAUACCAUCAUGGAGCAGCAGUUGUCCGCCUCUCUCGGUCCCUUUGCCAACCAACGACGCAACUGGACAAGAACGGAAAGAGUCCUCCCGAGACCUAGAUUAGCCACUGCCGACAACUAUCGAGCCGUGCCCUUGAGCGACGGGUCUCACAUCCUCUUUACAGACCCGAAGACUAGGUACCUGAGCCUGGUAUGUGAUCAGCCCAAAUGUUCGAGGGCCGGCACUGUGACCAAGGUGAAGUUCUUUCCACCUGCGGCGGCAUGCGAGAGCGCGCCGCUCAUGUAUGCCGUUGGGAGAGACUUGGCACAUGGUGUGAGAAUUGCUGCUGUUUUCCCGACGACACGGUGGACGGAAGGAUUAGGGUUCCAACCAGGGGAGCAAAUUCUCGCUUUCUACACCAUCCCACCAGAUGUGCUCCGAGAUAUAUCAAGCACUAACAGCCUCCUGAGUUUGGUCGACAGCCAUGGGGAACAUCAGUGGGCUCAUUGGUGGCCGACAUUGCAGCAUACAGUUCAACCAUACCUCAAAGCCAAGAACAGCGGGUUGAACAACAAGGACAACCGGAACCCAAGGGCACAAUAUCCAAUUGAUGUCCAUGGCCAGGCCGUUGCCGUUUGCUCCGGAAUUGUCGACCUUUCGAUGGGAUUAGGCCCCGAUAUGAUGAUCUGGGCAUAUGGAAGAGACGGCUUGGCUCGUUGCUGGGCAUUGAACACCGGAAAUACCAGGCUCGUGCGGAGUCAUGCGAUCUUGAGUGACGGCAGCAUGCGAAAGGUGGACGGCGAUGGAGAUUUGACGAUG